GUGAGGCUAACACACGUACCGCUGGCUCAAGUCUUUGUUGUCGUCAAGACAGAAAGAAAUUCUGGCGUCCAUAACGGGAGCGCGCCUUUAUGUAAAAUGCACAUUGAGUUUAAUAAGGUCGUAGUAGCAUAUUCCUACGACCCAGUCGGAGUUUAAUCCUAUUCGCAUCACUACUGACGUUAAUGUUCCCUCUGAUAUUUUAUGAGGGACUUGUGCAUUUGCUGGUAUGUUUGGCGUAGCCUGUCAUCCGGCUAGAAUGCGGUAGGACUAAUGGGGUUUUGCCGGUGCUGUCGGUGUCGAUAGAUGGGACCCGAUGUUUCCACGUUACUCGGGCCGCAACGUGACCUGGACGUGCCGCCGUAGGCCGGCCCCGUCCGCCCCACCUGUCAAUGUUUGACUGAGCGGGAGGCUCCGCACGUUGGAGGAGAACAAACGGUCGUGCCGGUCGUUGUUUGCGUUGGCUCGGAUUGCGGGCGGCGCACGCGCCGCGUGCGUGUUUAGGAUGCGCAGUAAUGCCCGCGUGUAUGAGUGUCUUCACCCCGGUAUCUGUUGAUGCGGCCAUCACAUCUGUGCGGAUAAUCAGACGCGCUGCCCCUGUCUGGUUACAGAGUUUCGACAUGACAGCCCUGCGUCAGAGGAAGGGCAGCAAGGGGAAGGAGCAGCCUCUCGGUGCAGCAGAGUUGCAGUCCCAGCAGUCCAACUGUUGCACCGAUCAUCAUCCGGAGAAGAAGCUGCGUGGUGAUUGGUCGUGGGGGGCAAUAGUUUGGACAUCUGUUGGUUGGUCUGUGUCUGUUGGUCUUGGCCUGCUGUGCUGUAUCUAUGUGGCCACACUACAUGAGAAUGACCUGUGGUUCUCCAACAUCAAGGCAAUGGAGCUUCGGAAGAGAGUUAAGCUGAAUGAGCUAGAACAUAAUUUGAGCCUUUCACAAGAUGCACCAUCUGAAGGGAGAUGCAGCAGUAACUCAGUGCGGGGGACAGGAAGAUCUAAUGUCACACACGAGGGGGGUAGAGGGGAGGCUGCUCUGUUUGGAGGAUCAGGUACUUGUUCCGGUUCAAGCAUUCUACCCCGGGGGCCUUGGCGACAGUGUGUUUCCAUGGCAGCAGGGCUGUUACUGGCUGGGCUGCUGGCACUGACUCAGGCCUGGUGCGUUAACACCAUACACGAGAAUCUGCUGUGGUUCUCUCAGCUCAUGGAAAUGGAGCGGGAAAUUUCGUUUCGGACAGAGUGUGGACUGUACUACUCAUACUACAAGCAAAUGCUGAAGGCCCCAUCCAUACAGGAAGGGCUCUCAGAUCUGAUCCAUGACAACUUGACAGAAUCCAAGAGGACCAUUAAUCUCCUACAGCGAAUGAAUAUCUACCAAGAGGUCUUUCUCAGUGUUCUCUACAGAUUGUUGCCCAUACAGUCAUAUCUAGAGCCAGUGUAUUUCUACAUUUACACUGUGUUCUCGCUGCAAGCGGUGUAUGUGAUCGCUCUGUACCUCACAGCGUGGCUCCUGUCUGGGUCCUGGCUGGCUGGUACGCUCACUGGGGUCUGGUACAUUCUCAACAGGGUAGAUACCACGCGUGUGGAGUUCACCAUCUCCCUCAGAGAGAACUGGUCUUUGCCCUUCCUAGCGCUACAGGUCACUGCUAUCACCUGUUACCUCAGGCCUCAGCUCACCGCCUUACAGCAGAAGGUGAUGGUGUGGUUGAUGUAUGUGACAACGUUCUGCUUCUGUCUGACAUGGCAGUUCAACCAGUUCAUCCUACUUGUUCAGGCUCUCAUCAUAUACACCCUGGACUGUGUCGACUUUUUAACCACUACGCAGGUGACCACUCUGUACCUUGUUCAAGUGAGCAGCCUGCUGAGUGUGUGGCUCCUCCAGUUCUGCAACUCCAUGAUACUGGGAUCGCUGGUCCUUAGCUUCAUCGUAGCUGCACUCUUCAUCAGACACUGCCAGUCGGGUCUGAAGACAGGAAGCCGGCUGGUUCGUCUGGGCAAACUGCUUCUCCACAGUGCCAUGGUUCUCCUCCUCACCGUCACCAUCAACUUCCUGGCCAAGAAAGCACUUCAGCUCAGAUCAGACGAGCACAUCUUUAAAUUCAUCAAGUCAAAGUUUGCUUUGGGGCCAACAAGGGAUUUUGAUGCCAGUCUGUAUCUGUGUGAAGAGGCAUUCGGCUUGCUGCCCCUCGACACACUGGAACGACUGGCCGGUACCCUCCUGCUAUACCCUUACAUCCUCACACUGCUGCUGCUCAGUGGCAUGUUGGCAGUGGGCGCACUGCAGAACUUGAGGCCUAAAGGAGUGUCAGCUGAGGAGAGGAAAGGAGCUGGAGAGGGGUGUGUGGUGGCUCUCCGUCCAGAUGUGGCCUAUAAUCUGUUGCAUACGCUGUUCUACGGCCUUCUGGCUUUCAGCACUAUGAGGAUGAAGUAUAUAUGGACUGGCCACAUGUGUGCGGUCGCCGCCUAUGGUGUGUGUGGGACUGAGUUGUGGACUUCGCUUCUCACCACUCUCCGCUGCCACAGUAAAGUUCUGUUAAGGCUUGUCAGAUAUGCAGUUCCACUGGCGAUGAUCGCUUGCCUGUAUUACAAGUUCUGGCCUAAGUUGAUGGAGGAGUUAUCAGAACUGAGGGAGUUUUAUGAUCCAGACACUGUGGAGCUCAUGACCUGGAUUAGCACAAAGACCCCUAAGCGGGCUGUAUUCGCAGGGAGUAUGCAGCUGCUGGCUGGUAUCAAGCUGUGCACAGGCAGAGUUCUCACCAACCACCCCCAUUAUGAAGAUAAAGACCUGCGGGAGAGGACCAGACAGGUGUAUCAGGUGUAUGCUCGUCGGUCCCCGGAGGACGUCCAUGGCAUCCUGAGGGCUGUCGGGGCGGACUAUGUCGUGCUGGAAAACAGCAUCUGUUACGAGCGGAGGCACAGGCGAGGCUGCAGACUGCGGGACCUGCUCGACUUGGCCAACGGACAUGUCAUGGAUGGACAUGGAGAGAAUGACCCAGACCUUGUCCCUGCCUCCCACCCUCGAUUUUGUGAGGCCAUCAAGACGGACACAGAGGCUUACACCACUCUGUUCACCAAAACAUUCCAGAACAAAACCUUCCACGUGUACCGGGUCAAGAAGAAACGUAAGAAAAGUACCAAGAACUCAUCAGAGCCCAGUGCAACUCAGUAACAGGAACAGGGCUGUAAGAAAAACCCCGUCAGAGGCCAGAGGGGAGACAGAUGGAGGAGAAGAAGACAUAAAAGCACCAAAUCCUUGCUGUUCCCCUAUCUCCUCUCCUCACUGUGCCCAGCUGUGAUCAUGCCCAUUAUUUUUUAGCACAUGGCUCUGUGAACUGCGGUCUUAGAGCAGUGGGCCAGUUCAAGCUUGGGGCUGCAUUGUUUUAGUUAGAGGAGUGUGGAAGCACCUAUAGGAGUCCUGCUUUGGGUUGUUCUGUCUCCACCUGUCCACCCACAAAGAGUUGAUGUGUGUGUCCACCCUCCUCCUAGCUCUCACCGAUGCAGAUGAACAGACACAGAAACAACUAUUAGACCUCAAAGCAGGGUUUGGAACACCACAAGCAACUACUAAUAAAUUAGUUUCAUUUGAAGUAAUCGUUGUAAAUUUCGCGGAGAGCAUCAUGAAAUGACCAAAAUACUAUUCAUUGCUACUUAUAAUAAAUUAGAAUUAUUGUUUUCCCCUUCAUCCAGAGUUGGCUUGGGGUUCAAUAGCAUUUAUCUAGAUCCAACAUCAGAUCAGAAUAAUCUAAAAUCCUUUAUCAAAUCUGUUAUUUUAAUUCUGCUUUUAACACUUUUGAGAUCGAUAAUGAAAUACUAUGAAGUACAUUGUGAUGAAGAAAGCUUUUCUGGGUGUGCAGUAUUCCUGAGCUCCUCUUUACCAAUAUAAAUAGGGAGAAAGUAAAAGAUUUGCUAAAAGAUUUUAUUGACCUUCUCAGAUCUGGGGAUUUUUAACAACUUGGAGCCAGAUCAAAAAUGGAGCUGGCUGUUUGAAUCCAACCUUUUAUGAAUAUAAUACAUUUUUUGAAAGUGCAAGUUGCCACUGCAUUUCUGACUUAUUUAAUAAACAUGUGCACACUGCCAGUUUUUGAAUGUGCUAUAUUUGCACAGUCAUUAAAACUGAAGCAAUGGGCUCUUUCUAAAUACCCCAAAAUUAGAAAAUAAAACUAAGAACGGGUUGUGGUGAACUGAGAAAUCUUCUGACUGAUAAGGCCUGGUCACACCAGAAAGUGGCGCAGCAAAUUAAUAUGCAAAGUCUUUGCAAAAUAUUUGGUUCUACAUGCUUGGUGCUUUAGUGUCCACUUGAAGGGCUGGUUGGUGAAUUCCUGUAGCUGGUGAGCUAACCCCUAACACACUAUCCAGCUGAGACGUGCUGGUACUAGUCAGUCAGAAUAGCCUGAGCUUUUCUCUAUACUCUCAGCACUAUGUCAUGGCAUUUUUUUCCUGGGAUUGUACUGAAUUUCAUUCAAUGAAGAGUUUUUAUUGACGAGGAGAAAAAAGCUCCCUACUGCCUAUUUAGCUCAGUCGCCAAUGGGACUAGAAGUUCGCACAGUAUUUGUAGCAUCGACUCCUCUUUCAACACUUUAUGUAAACUAUCUCUCUUUUGUGGAGUUAUUACUUCCACAAAGGAGAUGAAAUAAAAGUGUAUGGCGCCACACAUCCAAUAAGCUUAGAUGGCCUCCAGUAUUUUGGGCUCAAUCCUCUAAAGGUCAGCAUUGUCAAGACGGCAUGUUAUUGGUCAGAGGAACGAAACCUGUGGCACGCGGUUUUACUGCACUCCUGCGUAGGAAUCCCCCGAUCAAGGCAAUUCCAUUGAAAUGACUUAAAGCACCCCAAAGUUUCUUGUGUGCCUGGGCCUUUAUGAUGUAAUUCCCACAAUUUAUUUGUGGUCAGUUAAAAGUCAAGCAUCAACGUUCACUCUUGACCUUUGACAUAGUAGCUUGACAACACAGUCCCAACUCAAGGUCCACUUACUACACACUGGCUUUUUUGGAUCUGUAAACUAUAUCACACAGACUUCUAAAAGAAACAGAUCCAUUUCUGUGAGAGUAAACUCCAUCCACCAAUCACGACUGAGAGACAUGUUAAAAGCUCCAGAAAAACAAUAGUAAGUGGAUCUUAACUUGGGAUUAUGUUGUCAAACUACUAGAAACUACUUUUCUUAGAAAAAACACAUUACUUAACUAAAACUUGACUGUCUUGUAGUGUCCUGUGUGUCCUUGAGUAUAUUUCCAGCUGGUGGAUUUUAUGAAGACAGUCACAGUAGGAGGAAAAGUUGAAGGGUGGGGGUCUUACUCAGCUGUGGUAUUUGUUGUAAAUAGCCCCAUUGAAUAUGUUUGACCAUUAGCUUGUCUCAGGCUGGACAAGGAUCAGUUGUCACUUUUUGGGGAGGCACAUUUGGCUUUGCAGUGAUUUGAUGUAAUUAAUUACCCCUGAGAAGAAUGAGGGAAAUAAUUUUGUUACUUUUAAUUCCCGCCCUGGGUUGAAACAGGUUCCACCACUGCCUAAACGUGAUUUCUCUGUAAAACUGAGGUCAAAGCUGGUACCAAGUGACAUGUGUGACAGUAUUGUUGUUGUGAUUGCUGUCAUGCUUUUCUGUCUAUAGACUCUGUGAUCCUCAUCAGCAGCAGCCUCAACCUUUUCACUCUGUUCUCUCUCUCACACACACACACAACCACAAGCACGCAUGAAUAAUGUAAGUGGGUAGGAAAUUGCAGCAGACUGACAACGAUGCUGAUUCCCCGCCGCAAUCCAAAAUAGUUUUAGAGAGAAAGAGGGCCAACACUUGCAUAUCAAACUGAGGCUUUGUGGUUGGAAAAGAAAGUGGGGAGGAGGAGGAGUUGGGAGGAUGGAAAAGGCUCAUGUUUAAAUAGAAGCAGAGGAGAGAUUCGAGCGCAUCAAAACAUGGAUUCACAAUGAUCUAAACCUCUUCCUCAUUUACUUCCCCUUCUCUCGAGCCCAAGGAACAGCAGAAAAGAGGAGAGGAUAGGAGGUGAUUGAAAGGCUGGAUUUGUGUCGAUAAUUAUCGAUUGGCUAGUCAGUAUUGCCUAAUGCAAUGAGUUGUUAUGUGCGAAUGACACACACACACACACACAUUUUUCCCUUCCUCCCUCCGUCACCUGAGUUGGCCUAUAUUUGUACACUUGAUAAUAAUGAGGACCUCUGUCUUUGAUAACCCAAACUCUGGCAGAUGCAUGAGCAUCCCUGCACACAGUUCCGGGGUCUUUGACAACGUGUUGUUCGUUUACCAGGCAGCCUCAUUGUAAUGCAUACCAAUCGGAUCAGUGUGGAACAGCGGCGCUCGGUCCUCGCCCCUCCUGCCUUCAUAUUGGAUGUUUAAUUUAGGAGAUGUCUGAUUGCUUUAUUUGAGAGCAAAGUGAUUCCAUUAUGUUUGACUAAUAAGAGUGUACUAAUGUAAUAUUUUUUUUUCAGCAUUGUUAAUUUCCAUACAUAUUGGGAGUAGUAGUUAAUUCGGAGGCGCGCUGUCUGCCUAUGGUUUGCCUAAUGAAAAGGAGAUGAAGAAAGCCAUUAACUUGUGUGCACAUAUAGAAUUCAGCUCAAUUCCAUUUUGCUUCAUUUUAAAGAACUCGCAGAUGUUGCCGAAACAAAAGCAGCCACAUGAAUUCAGAUUUUUGCUGGGGAAAUUAAUGGAUAGAGUUAGAAAAUAGUCAGAGAGAGGGGUUUGAUCCCAUUCAGCCACAAGAGCAUUAGUGGGGUUGCAAACUGAUAUUACGUGAUAAGACCGGGCACUCGGAUGCUGUCCAACUUAUUUCCCAAAUAUGUUGGAUGGGGAUGAAGUCAGGGCCCUAAGAAGGUUCACACCAUUUAAAAAGGGUGUAGACAAGAAGUGCGUCGUGUUUGCAUUUUGGCCAUGUAGCAUAUGUAUCAUUACGGUUUGCUAUCACAGAUGGAAGCAACUUAGACUGAUGAAUUUCUCAUUUGCCAAAGUUAUCAUUCAGCUUCUGUGGGAUUUUGCUCAGUGUUUGGGGGCAUGUUGGUGCUGGGGUAGCUUGGGUAAAAAAAAAAUUGACUUAGAAUUGAUUGAGAUGAACUGCAGUUAUGCUGCGUGUGCCAUCUGACAUUUUCUGGAAGCAUCCACACAGAUGCUUCUCACUGAGCCAGUCCCAGGUAAAAACAUUCAAACUACUUAUGAAUGUGAACUUUUCACAUGGUGUAUACGGGUCUAAAUAACGUGUGAUGACGGAACACUCUAUGCUGUGCACACGUUGAUUCUUCAGAACGGAUUGAGAGGGAACUGAUGCAUCUUAAAGGCUGCGACCAGUAAUUGCUGAAGAGGAGCUUGUGACCCUGAACAUCAUCAUCUUGAGCGCAGGUGCAUGUACGGUUUCAUUUGACCAACGAGGAAAUCUGUCAGUGGUGGAAACCAUCUGCUUCUGGGUUUAUUUGAAAAGGGAAUAUUGUAUAAUGUAUCUGAGUUCCUUUGGCCAUUUCCCCCAUUUUGCUCUGCUAUUUCAUUUUCUAUGACUCCACUAAACUCAUAUUGUACAGCUGGGUUUUCUACGGCAGAACACUUCUCAUAUCAGAAAUAAAACACACUAGUAAAUGUUUACUCUGCAACUGAUAUCGUUUCCAUGCCGAGCAAGUUAUCUGCAAAAUUGAUAAGAUGUAAGAUACCCCAGUUGAAUUGAAACCUUUUACAAUGCCAGUGUUAGUUAUUAGACACAUCCAUGUUCAAUGGCAGUA